AUGUCGGCUCCAACAAGUUCCAUGUCAGCAAUGAAGCCUGUGAUGGGGGAAAAUGAGAGAGCUCAACAGUUGGACUUGUUAAGCUCAGUGGAUGAUUUGUAUGGAGGAGUUCGUGUAAACAUGGAGCAUCAUCCCAUGGAUUCCAAUGCCUUUGCUACUUUGCUUAAAGCUUCAAUAUCACAAUGGAAGCAACAGGAGAAGAGGGGUGUGUGGAUCAAAUUGCCUAUCGAACAAGUAAAUCUUGUUGAAGUUGCAGUUAAGGAAGGAUUUAGGUAUCAUCAUGCUGAACCAGAUUACUUAAUGCUUAUAUAUUGGAUUCCUGAAACUACUGAUACUCUUCCUGCAAAUGCUUCACAUCGAGUAGGUAUUGGUGCUUUUGUCAUGAACAGUCAAAGAGAGGUGCUUGUAGUUAUGGAGAAUGGUGGCAGAUUCAAAGGAACAGGCGUAUGGAAGUUCCCUACUGGGGUUGUUAAUGAAGGUGAGGAUAUAGGUACAGCUGCAGUUAGGGAAGUCAAAGAAGAGACAGGAAUUGAUGCAGAAUUUGUGGAAGUUUUAGCAUUCAGGGAAAGCCACAAAUCAUUCUUUAGCAAAUCAGAUUUGUUCUUUGUUUGCAUGUUGAAACCAUGCUCCUUUGACAUCCAGAAACAGGAUCAAGAGGUUGAAGCAGCCCAGUGGAUGCCAGUUGAGGACUAUGCAGCCCAACCUUUUAUCCGAGAACACAAGCAAUUCAAUUAUGUUGCCAAGAUAUGCUUAGCAAAGUCAGAUAAGAACUAUGCUGGUUUUUCUCCAAUAUCUACAUCUACAUCUUCUGGCAAAACAAGCUGCCUUCACUGCAACAAUCCAGAUAUACACCUAUUAACUUCUGACCAUCAGCAGUAG